CCGUUAUUUUUAUUUUUUUGAGAUAGGCUCGUGGAGUUCGGGCCAGAAAAUAGCGAGGACAAACAUCGCGUCGUGUCUUGACUCCUGCCAUCACCUCGUAACAUGGGCAAAGUGAAAAUCGACGACCUGUAAGUGCAUCCACGAUUAAAGCAAGGGCACAAUUGAUGUCUUUCAGACCGGUCCCCACAACGCCCUGCCGGAGUACGAAUUCCAUCCUCGACCCUACCGACGCGACGCCCUCAUUUCGAAUCGGCGAUGCCAACAAGUCCUACAAGCACCAAUACUCCAACAUCUAUUUUACCCGACUGAACGAACUGCGAAAGGCCGUGGAGGAAAGGGCGCUGAGACGGUGGGCGAGUGUCGAAGGUGUGUAUUGUCCGACUGUGGCUGAAUGGUGUUUUAUUUUAAUGGCUGGUGCAGGAAACCCCUGUCUCGUCCGACGCGUCCUCGAGGUCGUCAAAUCGCAACUAUGCUAUGUCGUCGGCACGGUGUACAUGGACAUGCCACUGAAGCCGAAUGUCUUGGAGGACCUUGCCCAGGAUCAUUCCAUACCCCCGCCCCCACCACCUCCAAAAUAUUGCUCACCAGAAGACAGCGUUCUGCUCGAAGACGAGUCUGGACGGUUAAAACUCGUUGGCGACCGCGUCAAGGCAGCGCGGCUAGUGACUGGUGUUGUUGUAGGUGCGCUCGGAGUGGAGACGCCCAACGGAGAGUUCGAAGUAGUGGAUCUAUGUUAUCCUGGACUGCCUCCCCAGUCUGAGGAUGAGGAUAUGAUGGUGCUAGAUGGUGCCGACGAAUGGAUAGCGGUAGUGUCUGGUCUCAGCAUCGGCUCGCCUUCAUUACCGGACGUAUCGCUGCAGAUGCUCGUAGAGUAUCUCACGGGAGAGGAGGGCGGUAUUGAAGACCAGGCAUCAGCGGCUCGUAUAUCUCGACUUGUGAUUGCAGGGAAUUCACUGGCACCGGUGGUGAUUCCCGUCAAAGGCGAGCCCACUGCUGAAGGGGAUGAGAAGAAAUCGGCAAAAAUACAGCGGAGCAAGUACAACUACGAUACGACUACGUUUUCGCCCCAUCCGACGCAAACACUUGCUGGCCACUUGUACGAUAUCGGACGGGUAAUGCCUAUCCAUAUUCUACCGGGUGAAACGGAUCCCUCGGGAACGAUCCUACCUCAACAGCCGUUUCCACGGGCCAUGUUAGGACCGGUGGCAUCACUACCAUCCUUCAGAUGCGAGACGAAUCCAACGUAUAUGCGUAUUGGAAGUAGCAAAGGAGUGACACGGACGAUGCUGGUGAACUCGGGGCAACCGUUGAACGACAUGUUCAAGUACCUGCCUUGCCCACCGAGCACGCGGCUAUCUAUUCUAGCAUCGACACUUAGCUGGAGACACAUGGCACCUACAGCACCGGAUACGCUGUGGUGCCAUCCGUACUUUGGGGCAGAUCCGUUUAUUAUGAGAGAAACGCCGGAUUUGUAUAUUGUAGGGGGACAGAAAAAGUUUGGGACGAAGCUGGUGACAGAGGAAGGAAGACGUUGUCGACUGGUGCUUGUUCCUGAAUUUGUGAGGACGGGAACGGUGGUACUGGUGAAUGUACAGAGCCUGGAAGUGAAGACGGUGAGAUUUUGGGCGCAUGGAAUGACUUGA